CUGAACGGUGGCAGGCAGGUCCAAGGAGUCCUGCGAGGGUUUGACCCCUUCAUGAACUUGGUGAUGGAUGACUGCUUGGAGAUGGCCCCAGGGGGGCUACAGAACACGAUAGGCAUGGUGGUCAGUAUCUACAGCAUUGUUAACUACAUCCACACUACCUCUGGGGACAGACACAUUUAGCUUUUAUUCAUCAAUGUCACCACAUACCUUUUUUUUUUUUUUUUGCACGUAAAUCAAUGAAUUAUGCUAUUUCUUUUUAUUUUAACUAUCUGUAGGUAAUCCGAGGAAACAGUAUCAUCAUGUUGGAGGCACUUGAGAGAGUAUGA